UAAUCAAAGUAUAUCAAAGGAUAAUUUAUCAAUAAUUUUAAUAAUAUUAAAGCACACUUUUGACACAUCCUAUAUACGUAUCUACGUAGAGAGGAAUUUAUGGGUGAGUGGCACGAUUGAAUUUCAAAUUAAUAAUUACUAAUUAUGUUUUAAAGGUACGGAAAUUACCGAAAUUUGACGAGUUUGAAUCGCAUCAGAGUUGUAUUAAAACGUUUUUGGCUCCAACAAGUAUAUUUAUUAAAUUUAACUGUUUCUGAUUUCAAAGACAUCCUGAAAAAUAUUUAGGCCGAAAAUCAAAUUUUUCUCAAAUAUAUCUUAUCCCAAUUCAUAAGAAAAGAAAUAUUUUGAAAUUAACCACGUUAAAGCAAAUGAAAUUCUUGUCUAAAGGGAAGUAGUUAAAAAUUAAAUUAAUAAUCAUCAAACGAAAUCUAGAAAUUAUUAUAUAAAAAAAACAGGAAGAAAAUAGGUGAAUUUAUCCGCAAUAUUUCUUACCUGUCAUCUGUUUAUCACAAUUAGUUUGAGAUAUAUAUGCGCAUUGAUCUGCGUGGAAACUUUAAUAUAAUUUCCGUAUUCUGGGUACUGACCUGUGUCUUCUACCUGUUACCAUCAAGUCACGUAAACUUGCAAAUACUACCAUUGUAUUAGUAACAAUCUUGGAAUGACUAGAAUAAUUUAAAUUACCUCUUAAAAAUCUCAUAAUUGUAUUGAAAAACUUUCGAUGACAGUGUGUGUAAAUUUUAGUGAUCUUCGAUAUUUAAUUAGAAAUAUUCGUGUCAAAAUUUCAAAAAAAUAUGUAGAACAAGAAAUAUGACAACGUAUUAAUCUCACUUAAUGAGAUAUAGUUUUUGAUUGCCUUGUGCUUGUUGUGAUGAUUAUAAAUGUGAUUUAAUGUAUAUCCGAGUGGAGUGUAUAGAAAUCGUUACUAAAAACUUAAAUUUCGGCAAAAUAACAUUUUAAGGUUAAAUAGUGUACUACUAAUUCCAUAUAUUUAUUAAUUAAAAUUCUGACGAUGUUUUAAAAUGAGUUACUUCAAGAAAGGAAUGAUUUUCAUAACUUUUUUUGUGGCUUGUAUAUCCAUGGCUCUAUUAGUAGCUGGUUUAGGGACGAAACAUUGGGUCAACGCAAGAGCCAAGAGGAUAAGAAAUCCUUUAGAAAGUGAUGGUAAAAUACAUUUUGGAUUAUUUGAUGGGAAAAAGGAACUGAACGUAGCCUACGGCUGGAGGACAUACGAAAUCGACGUUAUAAACCUCUUAAAAUAUGAACCAGAAUUUUUGUCUUACGGUUUUUGGAUUGGGACGACGACGGCGGUUUGCUCUGGUUUAUUGUUUUCUGGACUGAGCGCUCUUUUUGCUGCUAUCAACACCGUUACUACAACCUCGCGAUGUCGAACUAAAGUAAUCGGACUCUAUUUUUGGAACUUUCUUGCAGUUGUCAGCGAUGUCUUAGCUGUAUGCUUAUGGAUCGCUCAGUUUUUUUUACACAUCCAGUAUAGCGUUUUGUCUCGAGAAGACAGAGAUAACGAGUGGACUUCAGAACAUAUGGCAGAACUUGGAUAUUCCUUCUGGUUCGUCGUUGGUGCUGCCGUAUCUUCAUUUAUCAACAUUAUAAUUCUUGUAAUAGCGAAUACAGAAAGAGAAGUUGAUACAAUUAUUCCAGUUUUAGAAGAAAAAACUAACGGAGCCAUUAUGUUAUAUUAAUAUUAAAUAUUGCUUUGUAAAUAAAUCGCUCUAUAACUUUUUUAAUGUUUUGUAUAAACUAUUUAUUAAAAUUAAAUUUGAAAUAAAUUAUAUAUUUAACCUA